UUCAUUCACCAGAAAUGUCACAAAAGUAAGUUAAUCUCCUUUGUCAGAAAUAACCGGCAAUAAUAGAGAUAAAAACGAAUUCCUUUAUCCUCUUAAAUUGCUCAAACUAUUCCCACGUAAAACAGUCUCAAUCAUCAGAAAGAGAAAGGUCAUUGUUGUUUUUUAACUUGGAGCUAAUUGAUAGCAGAAUUUUGCUAUUUAUUCCUGCCCACAUUUUCCUAGUUUUUGAUCGCUUUUGAGUUCUGUUAACGAUAUUGUAUUACUAACUAGACCCUUCGGGCGAAGAAGGUGACGAAAUUUACUAGACAAUUGACCGAAGGAUAAAGGCCGACUACAAUAAGAAGUUGCAGUCAUAAUUCCUCGCUUUUCACUCCGAUGCAUUGCCAAUUAUUUGUGCGUUUUGUCAAUGAAAAAAAAAACUACAAAAGAAUGGCUUUUUAUUUUAUCAUUUGGUUGCGAUAAAUGAAUAUUUUAUGCAAAUGUACUUCGCCGGAUCAUUUUGGGAUUGGAGAAUAUCAUUAAUUUAUUUCCGCUUCUCUCUGAUCAGUAAUUGUUUAUUUUUCGGAUGACGGAACUGAAGCUCAUACAUUAAAGAUGAUUUCAUUUAUUGUGUUUUUGUGGCUGUAGAAGUUCUACUUCAAAAGCACAAAAUUUGAUUUUUUGUCAUUCAAAAUAAUGUCUCAUAAAUUAGAUACGCCAUUUUUCUAAUCAGUAGCGUUUGAAAAGCAGUUGCUGUCUCGAAAAAACUGCUGUAAAACGACAUAUUUUACUCGAUCUGCUUCGUGUUCCGGUCAUCUAAUCAAACAGCAGUUUAGAAACUCGAACACUUUAUUACUAAGAUAUUUUAAUGUUUCAGUCAUUUUUUUUAGUUUCGGAUUAUGUUAAUUAGUUUAUAUAUUUUUUGAUUACACAAUUUUUUCAUUCGUGAAUUGCAUAUUUUCACAUUUUUUAUGACAUGUAUUAAUUAUCAUUAUGAGCUUGUUCUCCAAAUCACAUAAGUGGCCAGUAAAGCUAAUCAGCAACGCAGCACAAUAAACGACAAAAGUGCUCUUUAACUAAAACUCGAUCAUUCACCUUUGAACUCGAAACUUCGUUAUCUGAAGUCAUGUAUUCUCGAAUUUAUGACAAAUUCUGUUUUUUUGUUUUACUUUGCAUGGCUAACAAUAGAUCCUGGCAACGAAUUGGCAACCCGCGAGCAAUUUACUGAAUUUUAUCUUUAAGAAAUCUUCAAAAUCAGGAGGCCAUAGCUGCGACAUAUAAAUCUCAAUUCCGCAAAUGAAAUCAGUUAAAGAAAAAUAAUUCUUUUUGUGGCUGUCUUGCGCAACCUUCGAUUGCAUCUAUUAUUUGUGAAUGUAAAAUGGCAGCUUUUGUUCUGGCAUCUAUGUUCCUUUUCGGACCUUCUGUGAUUUCAAGCUCCUCGUUGUCCGAUGACGAAGCUCUGUUUCUUAACGUCACUACAGUGCUUCGGGAACCAUUUCUUUUCGACUUGGUUGACCUAGAAAACAACACUAGGCGAGUCGGCUACAUCAAAGACCUCCUAGAAGCCAUGCGACUUCGGAUACCGUUCGACUAUGAUUUCUACCUUUCUCCGGGAGGCAACUACGGAGCCCCGGAUGAAAAUGGAACCUGGAAUGGCAUGGUCGGGGAAGUCUUAUAUGGGCGCGCAGAUAUGGCAGCCGCUGAUUUGACUAUUAACGCUCCAAGGACUGAAAUUUUGACUUUUUCACAGCCAUUUAUGAACGUCGACUUAGGAGUUGUUUACAAGAAACCAUCGGUGCAACUUCACAUGCUGGCCUUCAUGAUGCCCUUUUCAACCCAAGUUUGGUGUGUCAUUUUAGGAUCCUUGGUUGCAACCUCAAUGUCUCUCUAUGUUUUUGGAAUCUACAACUCCAAAGACGACCCUCUAGCAAGUGUUGCUGCUUGCUUAUACUUUGGACUGGCCUGUCUUUUUGCACAGGGUCCAGAGACUUACCCACGAUCUAUGGCGUCCAGAGUCACAGCUAUUUCUUGGUGGUUCUUUUCCCUUAUGAUGCUCACGCUUUACACUGCCAGCUUGACAUCAAUGUUGACUGUCAACAGAGCAACUUUGCCAAUCGACUCAAUUGAAGAUCUACUUAACUACGAGGCGUUUCACUAUGGAAUCGAGCCCGGAGGUUCCACUCAGUAUGCAUUCCAAAAUUCAAAAUACGCACCGUUUCAAAUGAUGUGGGCAGAAAUGACUAAAAGAAAGGACACUGCUUUCUUCCGAGGCGCUGGAGGAGUUGAACGAGUGAGAGACCGAGAAGACUACGCUUUCAUUCGGGAAUCACCAUAUUUGGAGUACGACAUAACGUUUGCUCCUUGUGAUUUAGAACUGGUUUUCAGCUCCAGUAGUCCUAAAUCAGGAGCUGGAUACGGAUUCGCCUUUCCAAAAGACCACCCAUUGGCUCGCAAUUUCUCGGUUGAAGUACUGCGCAUGUUUUCUGACGGAACUCUUGCUGGAAUUCAUACCAAGUGGUUCAAAACCAGAUCUCAAUGCUCCGAAGAAAAGAAACUGGCUAGUUUCGUGGACACAAUUGAUUUCGAGGAGAUCCAAGGAGUGUUUUUCACGUUUCUAGGUGGAAUCGUGCUAUCGUUUCUGUUCUUUGUGGUGCGCAUUGCGAGGACUGCCAAAGACAAGACUUGUCCUUCGAGUAAAAAAGAUGAACUUGAUCGAGCAAUGGCAACUGCAAAUCCCUUGGCUGCCAAUGGAACAUUGAAUGAGAUAACUGCUAACGGAAACGGAGUUGCGACUACAGUAUUCAGCGACAGCCUGAAUAAGUGAAUGUUGCCAAUGAUGUGAAUUAGCUGAAAAAAGAGCACCAAAGAAGUUCACUAAUCAGCCAUAUCUCUUAUGUUUCAUAGCUAUAGCUAAGCAUGUCAAACACAAACUGUCCCUUUGUAGAAUGUAGAAAACUUACCCGAUAUUUUUUGACACCCCGAAUAAAAAUUUUGAAACAGUU